ACACUCCCAACAUUCCGGAACGUUUGGCGCGUGCUCCAUUGAAGGUCUACUAGGAUUGGUCAGACCCGGACACGGCUGAUCAGGGGAUUGGUCAGAGUGAGGAGGAAGUGGAUACAAUGUGACAAAGCUUCGGAUCUCGGUGCUAUGCUGACCGUGACCGCGCUGAUUUCAGCCCUCCUCUUGCUCUCUGGGCUCAUUUGGGGGGAUGAUGAUACCGACUGGGUGAAACUCCCCAAUAAAUGUGAAGUUUGCAAGUAUCUUGCUGUGGAAUUGAAGUCAGCCUUUGCUGAAACCGGAAAGACCAAUGAGGUGAUUGAUACCAAAUACAGCUUUAUGGAAGGAAAGGGUUCGAGGAUUAAAUACAGGCACUCGGAUAUUAGGCUGAUCGAAGUCACAGAAAAUAUUUGUAAUCGGCUGCUGGAAUACAACCUGCAUAAGGAGCGGAGUGGGAGUAACCGCUUUGCGAAGGGAAUGAGUGAGACAUUCCAAACUCUCCAUGGCCUGGUUCAUAAAGGUGUGAAGGUGGUAAUGGACAUCCCCUAUGAGUUGUGGAAUGAAACAUCUGCUGAGGUGUCUGAUAUGAAGAAACAGUGUGAUGUGAUGGUAGAAAUGUAUGAGGAUGCUAUUGAGGACUGGUAUAAAAAUCACCAGGAGGAAGACCUCACAAUAUUCCUCUGUGAACGACACGUGUUAAAGCCCCACGAAACAGACUGUUUGAAGGAAGAAUGGACAGGCCGGAAGGGUGACCCUGCGGCCAUUGACAUGGAUAAGAAGAAGAAGAAGAAAAAGAAGAAAGGUACGAAUGGGAAGGAAGAGGACAAAAAGAAAGGGAAAAAGGGAAAGAAGAAAAAGCAAGUAGAAGAGGAAAGUGAGCAAGAGGAGGGAGGAAACAUAUCAUCAGGCGAUGAGCAAACACAGCAGGAAUUGCGUCCUUCCCACAGGCCUGAUGAGCUGUAAAGACUGAAAGACAUGAGCAGGAAGCAUUUAUUUAGAACAGUAUUUUAAAGAGCACCGUGGUUUAAAAAAAUCAUUGACCCGAACCAUAUGGACCUUGCUCUUAAAUGUGCGUUUAAAUAUAUUUAAAUGAAUCAGGUCUUUUGUGAGCAAGUGGUUACUCUUCUGUUUGUUCUCUGCAAUAACCUUUUUUUUCCUUCCAUCUUUGCCUUGGUGCGCAGAAUUAAUUUUAACUAGUAUUUUAUGACCGGAUGCUCUGUCCUUUGCUUUUUAAAACUUUUUGGAUGUUUUGUUGACCCAGUAACGUAUACAGAAAAAAAUAAUUGGUGUCAUAUGUUUUAUUUUGUCAAUGUGGGUGCAAUUUUGUAAUUAGUUGAGUUACAUUUCUGGACAUUUGGUCACUGCUGCAUUCAAAUGACAAGCCUUAAGGUAGAAAUGUUCCUGAACGGAGUAUCUUGAAUAAAAGGCUUGGGAGAACCUUUAAAUUGAGAAGAUGGAAUAUAUCUUUUCAAUGUUACUAUUUUAAUGCUCAGGCAAACAGAAAAAGUGCAUAUUCUAAACACUAAGAAAAAUGCAAAGGAAUUUUUUUUAACAAAUAGAUGCAAUCCAUUUAUUUCCUUCCAGUAAACUAAUGUAUCUGAAAACAUGAGAUGUACUGCUGUUGCUGGAAAUCUGGAGUAACACGCACAAAAUGCUGGAGGAACUCAGCGGGUCAAGCAGCAAAAUGGGGAGGAAUAAAGAGUUGAUAUUAUCUGAAAACAGUCCCACCAUCUUGGAACUUUCCCAAAAUAGGAUUGGAAAAUUGAGAUUGCAGAAGCUGUCUGUCUUCAAAAAUUCAGCUCAAAUUGUUGAAUCCCUAUAAUAAAAAUAGAAUUUACCAUUAAAUCAGCUGACAUCUACACGUCAAAAAUGGGCACUUACAUUACUGAAAAGGAAUUUGAAUUCGGGAUAAAGGAGCAGAUACUGUAUAAAUGAUUGGUCCAUGUAUUAAGUUGACUUGAGUGUAAUGGUCAAAUAAGUGUGUGCAUUUAAAAUGUCAUCAAUUAUUUGGAUGUUAAAAAGUUCUUUUUAAUUUAAAGCCACAUUACAAAUCUGAGCAGAAACAUUUCAAAAUAUUAUUCCUUGAUUUUAAAGCAGAGCCAUCAUUUAAUAGCUUUGGGUUUAGGUGAUCAUACAAUCAACCAGUUCCACAAAGGUCAUCAGCAGUGGUUUAUGACCUUCCCAUGGUUUAUGAAUUUAUCCACAGACAAGCAACUUCAGAUGGUUUAAAAAUAGCCUGCAUCAAACAUGUGUCAAAAUCCUUAAGAGUUGCUGUAGUCUGAUAUACUUACUGGAUGCAGUUGCCUAGAUUCCAGAAAUUUUCCGUUCAUUUCUGCUGGUGACUUUUGUGAAUCAGUAACUAGUGCCGUACCUUUCCUUACUAAAUCAUUGCAUCACACACAAACUGCUGGAAGAGUGUAGCAGGCCAGACGGCAUCUAUGGACAGGAAUAAACUCUUUCAGUGGACCCUUUGUCCUGGUGAAUUCUUGACCCAAAAAGUAGGCUGUUUAUUCCAUUCUAUAGAUACUGACUGACAUGCUGAGGUGCUGAGGUCCUCUGGCAUUUUCUGUGUGUUCUCUGGAUUUUCAGCAUCUGUAGAGCCUCUUAUGUUUGGGAAUUAUUUGCUUGUGGGGUUGUGAUGGUGGUAGGCAGAAGGGCUGUGGAAAUUCACAAAUCUAAGAUACAAAUAGCCUUUGGGAAGAAUAAUGCUUUAUACUUGUAAAAGCCCCAGUAUAUUUUUCUGCUGCAUUUGGCUUUUACACGUAUUCUGAUUGCUAAUAGAAUAAUUCCCAGUAUUUGAAUAACUCAAUAUAAUUUAAAUAUCUGUCCUGUCACUUUCAAGUUUCUGCAAGUUAAGAUGCUAUUUAUGUAUCAGGAUUGCUUAUUAAUUGCAGCAGGAUUGUUGCUGAAGCAAGUCUUAAAAUACUCCAAACAUGUGUUUGCGCAUUUAUUCUCAGAAAAAUAACUGGGCUCACAUUGCUUUUAAAAGGAUUGAGACAAUACACCCCAUUCUUCCUGUCCUGGACAGGUAAGGAGAAGUGGAUAGGCAGAUAACUCGGGACCACCAUUAUUAAUUAUGCAAAAGAUCCCAGAGGCUGUGGAUUUCAGCUGUCCAAUGAUGUUACACAGAGGAAUGCAAAUAAAGAAUUACAUGAAGCACAGAACUUCAGGCAUGAAUCUCUCAAAUUCAUUUGCCCUGAGAGGGCUAGAGGACAGAUCGCUGGAUAUAUUUUAGGAGGAAAUAGAUAAAAAGAUGUAAUUUAGCCUUAUCUUCUAAAACUUAAUUGGGUUAACUCAGUCCGAAACUUUUAUUGUUCUCUAAGUGCCCUGUCACAACUUCCUUAAUUAUUUUCCUACUACUGAUGUCAGAUUAACUGGUCUGUAAUUCUCUUUUUUUUCCUUUCUUCCUCUUUUAAAUAGUAUAUUUGCAUUUAUUGCAUUUGCUGUUUGGGAAUCUGUGGAACUUUGUAAGAUUUUUUUGUUGUUUAUCUGUCUUUUCCUUGAAGAUGGACAAAGUAUUUGGUUUCUCUACCACUUAAUUCCCAAUAUAAUCGAUGGAGAUUUUAACAUGAAAGUAGAUUGGGAAAACCACUUGUCAGUACUUGUCCUUAAGAGAGAGAAUUCGUAGAAUGUCUAAGGGAGGACUUGGAACAGCUUGUGGGUGAGCCCACUAGGGGAUCGGCUGUGCUGGGUUGGGUGUUGUGCAAUGAUCCAGAGAUGAUAAGAAAGCUUAAAGUUAAAAUGCCCUUAGGGAACAGUGAUCACAAUAUGACCAAGUUUACAUUGAAAUUUGAGAAGGAGAAUGUGUUUGUAUUUCAGUGGAGCAAAGGAAUUUACAAUGGCAUGAGAGGGGAACUGGCCAAAGUCGACUGGAAAGGGACAUUAGUAAAGCAGCAAUGGCUGGAUAUUCUGUGAAAAAUGAGGGAAGUGCAAGACAGAUGUAUUCAAAGUAGGAAGAAAUUUUUGAAUGGAAGGAGAACACUACCAUGACUGAUAAAUGCCGAAGUAAAGCAAAAGAGAGGAUGUACAAAGAAGCCAGAGCUAGAGGGAAGAUCGAAGAUCGGGGAGCUUUUAAAAACUUAUAGAAGGUGAAAGUCAUUAGGUAGAAAAAGAUGAAUUAUGAGAGGAAGCUGGUGACUAAUAUCAAUGAAGAUGCUAAGAGCUUUUUUAAGUAUAUAAAGGGUAAAAGAGAGUCAAGGGUAGAUAUAGGACCAAUAGAAAAUGACGCAGGACAUAAUUGCAAUGAAAGACACAGAGAUGGCAGAGGAACUGAAUGUGUAUUUUGCAUCUGCAGUAUACUGAACAUUCAAGAGUAUCAGAAGUGAGAUAUGUGCAGUGAAAAUUACGACUGAGAAAGUGCUCAGGAAGCUUAUUGGUCUGAGGAUGGAUAAAUCUGGACCUGAUGGAAUGCACCCUUGGGUUCUGAAGAAAAUAGCUGGAGUGAAUGAGGAGGCAUUAACAAUGAUCUUUCAAGAAUUGAUAGAUUCUGGCAUUGUACCGGAUGACUGGAAAAUUGAAAAUGUUACUCUGCUAUUUAAGAAGGAUGGGAAGCAGCAGAAAGGAAACUAUAGACCUGUUAGCCUGACAUCAAUGGUUGGGAAGUUGUUGGAAUCAAUUGUUAGGGAUGAGAUUCUGGAAUAUCUGGAGGCACAUGACAAGAUAGCCCAAAGCCAGCAGGGUUUCCUGAAAGGAAAAUCCUGCUUGACUAACUUACUGCAAUUUUUGGAGGAAAUUGCAAGCAGGGUAAACAAAGGAGAUGCAGUAGAUGUGGUGUACCUGGAUUUUCAGAAGGCCUUUGACAAGGUGCUGCACAUGAGGCUGCUUAUCAAGAUGAGAUCCCAUGGAAUUACAGGGAAGUUACUAGCAUGGGUGGAGCAUUGGCUGGUCAGCAGAAAACAGAGAGCGGGAAUAAAGUAAUCCCAUUCUGGCUGGCUGCCAGUUACCAGUGGAGUUCCACAGUAUUGGGACCACUGCUUUUUUACGGUGUAUGUUAAUGAUUUAGACUAUGGGAUUAAUGGAUUUGUGGCUAAAUUUGCCGAUAAUACAAAGAUAGGUGGAGGAGCAGGUAGUGUUGAGGAAACAGAGACUUAGAUAGUUCAGGGGAAUGGGCAAAGAAAUGGCAAAUUAAAUACGAUGUUGGAAAGUGUAUGGUCAUGGAAGAAAUAAAGGGGCAGGCUAUUAUUUAGAUAGGGAGAGAAUUCAAAAUGCAGAGAUGCAAAGGGUCUUGGGAGUCCUUGUGCAGGAUACCCUAAUGGUUAACUUCCAGGUUGAAUCGGGGAUGAAGAAGGCGAAUGCAAUGUUGGCAUUCAUUUCUAGAUGUAUAGAAUAUAAGAGCAGGGAUGUGACGUUGAGGCUGUAUAGGGCACUCGUGAGACCACACAGAGGUAUUGUGUGCAGUUUUGGGCUCCUUAUUUUGGAAAGAAUGUACUGACAUUGGAGAGGGUUCAGAGAAGAUUCAUAAGAAUGAUUCCAGGAAUGAAAGGGUUACCGUAUGAGGAACGUUUGGCAGCUCUUGGGCUGUAUUCCCUGGAGUUCAGGAGAAUGAGAGGGGAUCUCAUAGAAACAUUCAGAAUGUUAAAAGGCCUGAACGGAUUAGAUACAACAAACUUAUUUCCCAUGGUAGGGGAGUCCAGGACAAGAGGGCACUAAUUCAGGAUUGAAGGAUGUCCAUUUAGAACAGAGAUGUGGAGAAGUUACUUUAGACAGAGGAUGGUAAAUCUGUGGAAUUUGUUGCCACAAGCGGCUGUGGAGGCCAAGUCGUUAGGCGUACUAAGACAGAGAUAGGUUCUUGAUUAGCCAGGGUAUCAAGGGGUAUGGGGAGAGAGCAGGGCAGUGGGGAUGACUGAAAGAAUUGGAUCAGCCCAUGAUUAAAUGGUGGAGCAGGCUUGGCCUACUUCUGCUCCUAUAUCUUAAGGUCUUAUUUCUGAUAUUCUGUCCAUAAAAUGUUAAUUUUGCUAUUUCUUUAGUUCAACAUGUCUAGAAGAUUUUUACAGUACGUUUUUAAGUUUCUUGCUAAAAUACUCCCAAUUCGUUGUUUCUCCUUUCGUGAAAUUUGAAACUUUAGGAAUCCUCAGACUUGCUGCUCUCUUGGCAACACUGUAAUCCCUUUCCUUUAUCUUCUGCUGUCUUUAAUUUCAAUGGUUCAGUUUGGUAUCAGAGAAGUAUACAACCGGAAAUCUUUACUCUUCACAGACACCCAUGAAACAGAGAGAAAAAAAAUCCCCAAACAAGGAAUGUUAUAACCCCAAGCCCCUCUAUCCCCUCCCACGCACAAAAAGCAACAAUGUUCCGCCCUCCUCCUUGCUCCCUCAAAAGCAUCAGCCCCCAGAGACCAUGAUCUAGAGUCCAUCAAAAGCUGCUGUCCAUUGCAACACCGACAUCUCAGACAGCAUCUCUCUCACUGGUAAGGGGGAGAGGGGUAUUGCUCUUGUCACAGUGAGAGCGGAGGCCAACAGCUUGCUCUUUCUCAUGUUAGUCAAGGCUGGACCAUUUCUCCUGUUGGAUGUUUGUGCCUCAUGCGGAUAUACCCAUAGAUUUGCUGUAAACUAUGUUAAUUCUUUAAACGUAAGUUGGUGUCCAUUUACUGUCAAAACAGGUAAUGUCUGCCACAGCUUGCAAGUGCCUCUAAAAUUUAUUUAGAUUUAAGAUUCUGGUUUCAGAAUAACAAAAUCAUUUUAACCUUGAUGUUAAAUUCCAUCUUAUGAUCUUGCUUUCCUCAAGGUCCCUUAACUACUGUUAUCAAUCCUUCUCCCUACACAGUACUGGAUCUAAAAUAGCCCGUUUACUUGUUGGUUUCUUAAUACACUGAUGUAAAAAAAAUUGUAUAUACCACUAUCAUGGUAGUAAGCCUUUAUGGAGAUUAAAGUGCCCCUUUUAACAU